AUGAAGUUUAUAUCAUCAGAAUCAAUUGCUUUUGAUCGAAUUCAAAUUAUGUCAUGGGAGUCAUUUGUACCUAAAUCUAUUCAAAAAAAAACAAGUCAACAAGACCUGGAUUUUUCUUCAACAAGUAUAACUUCUCAAUCUAUGUCUAUAUCAUUCUUUUAUGAUCCAUGUCAAACAACAAUAUCUAAUCUUGCUUUCUAUAUCAAUCCCCAACGGCGUCCUGAUAUUAUUUUAAAUCAUUGUUUAUCAUAUAAAGAUGAUAAACAAAAGACUAUUUAUUAA